UAGAGUUAUCUUAUUGUAGAUCAUAUCGCGAGAAACGGCCGGAUGACGGAGAGUGCAGCCCGGAGGAAGUUCUGGCAGAUCCUCUCGGCGGUGGAGUAUUGCCACAACCGAAGAGUUGUUCACCGAGACCUCAAGGCUGAGAACCUUCUGAUGGAUGCCAACAUGAAUAUCAAGAUCGCAGACUUCGGGUUCAGCAACUACUACACUCCCGGCGAGCAGCUUGCUACUUGGUGUGGCUCGCCUCCCUAUGCUGCCCCUGAAGUCUUCGAGGGCAAGAAGUACACGGGUCCCGAGAUCGAUAUUUGGAGCCUGGGCGUGGUGCUGUACGUGCUGGUUUGUGGUGCCCUACCCUUCGACGGCUCCACCCUCCACACCCUCAGGGACAGGGUGCUCUCCGGCAGGUUCCGGAUACCCUACUUCAUGAGCUCAGAUUGUGAAUCACUGAUCCGGAAAAUGCUGGUGCUGGAUCCAAGUAAACGGUAUUCGGUGGAACACAUAAAGCGCCAUCGCUGGAUGAUGGAAGAAGCUCCUCGUUUGCUGCUGCCGAGCACCAGCAGUUCCACCGAUGAGCCAAAUGAGCAGAUACUGCGGCUAAUGCAGAGCUUGGGCAUUGAUGCUAUCAAGACCAGAGAGUCACUAAGAAGUGGAAGCUACGAUCAUCAUGCAGCCAUAUAUUUCCUUCUUCUAGAGAGAUUAAGGCAACAUCGAAGUAGCUUUUCACUUCCCCAAGAGCCUUCUGUGACAACAGCUACAUCCACUAACAGCCAGCACAAGUUAGAUUCAGUGCAGAAGAGGCGACCUAGUACAAUAGCAGAACAGGCUAUGAGAAAACUGGGCAUUGCUGGGCUUAAUCCCCCUACAAUCACAGGUGCUCCGAGUGUAGCUUUAACACCCGACACAUCUUUUUACAGAAGGUCUACAGUGGAAUCAAGUAGAAAUUACCUCUCAGAAAAUUUCACUCAGUCGCUCGCUACUCCUCCUGUUCAACUGAGUGUGCAAAGUGGCUCUGAAAUAAUUUCAGGACUAAUGGAAGGCCAGAGGUCUAAUAGUCUCAACAGAACCACACAAUCUAGCACGAGUGAGAACAUAAGACUGUUACAAACCCAGCACCAUCCCCCACCUUUCAGAGAGUUGCACCAACAAUCUUUCACACAAGGGGUUACAUCUAGUCAGCCACCAGUGCUUUUUCAAUUGAAUCCAGGCAGCAAUGAAAUGGUUUCUUCAGCUGAACCUCUUGGAUUUUCUAGGUAUCGUUUUACUGGAGACGGUUAUCAGUCGUUACCAAGGUACACCACACCAUCCCUUUGUGGUUCCUUUUCUGGUAGUGUUGUAAGUUCCCCUCGUCCUGACAGUGCAAUUGGCAUGACACCUCAGUAUUCUAGCUCCACUGAUGAAGGUGUAGAAACCGAUAUGGAAGACAUACCAAAUAGUCACAGUAGAUCUCAACAACGACUUUCAUAUGCGAGUUCGUCAUCUUCGAGUGGAGUAGGUGUACACAACAAGAGUUUAAGUCAACACUUAAGUUCAGACUCUUCUUGUUCUUCUUCUCAUGUGUCAUCUUUACAAAGCAACUUUUCAACAUUUGAAAGUAGUUUAGAUUACCAAUUUGAAUCUGAUUUGGCCUCAAGUUUACCAUCUUGCACAAGUCCUGGAAUCCAAAAACCGUCGAUUUCCGAAAAUGUUGUUAGCACCAGUGCAAUCCAUCCAUGUGUAUAUAUGAGUAGUAAUAAAUCUUGGAGUAGGCAUGGACCUUUAUUACACAAUCAGAGUGUAGGUGCUCACUUCAACCACAGACAUCUCACUAGGUCUCCUGUUGACUUCAGGGAGGGUAGGAGAGCUUCUGAUGGGCUGGUGGCUCAGCAGGGUGUGACAACGGACACUCCAAGAAGUAGUGUAGCUCCCUCAGGAAAUGUAGUUGCAUUUAAUAGCCAAAGACUGAAUGAAAGUGGUAAGACUAAAGGUGUCAUGGAAUUGCACCUUGUCCAGAGGGAACAUCAAGCUUUAAAAUCUCUUUAUCAAAGUUCAGUACCUCAAGAGGAGAUUGCUCAGCGCCAGAUGCAGCAUACAGAAUAUCGUCAUACAAGGGACUCCCUUACAGUUGACCCUAGACCAUCUCCUCCCUUGCCUAAAAGAAUAAGCCUUCCAGAAAAUUUUUCGUAUCAAAAUGCUCAAAUGGAAGGCGAUUCUGUAUUAGGGAACAGUGGAACAACAACACCGCCUAAUGCUGCCGGUAAAGCCCCUCUUCAGCAACAACUGAUGCAACACAGGUUAUUGCAGCAGAAACGACAAAUCUUACAAAAACAAGGUGCCUUUCAACAACCAAGUGUCAGUGUCGAAGGUGUUCUCACGCCUGGAAUGAAUCUCGUUCUGAGCAGGCGACAAAUGUUGCGUCAGGCCUCAUACAAGCUCGCUCAGCAAACGCAGAUAGUUCCUCCGUUGCCUCUGCACGCCGACAGUGAGUUCCCGCCAAUCAUAGAAGACAGCAGUAAUGGUGCGAUGAGCUCAGGCAGUGGAAGACAGUUACCGGCUCAGCCUGUGCGGUUUGAAGAAGCUGUGUCAGAUGCUGGAACAGACCAGUGGACAUCAUUACCUAGCUCACUGGCGUCCUGUCAGAUUAGUGAACCUAGCCAUACGUGGGCAGGCCAGUCUACAGUCAACCUCUGUGAGAGUGGAUUGUUGAUGGGAAGUGUUCCACAACCAUGGCAACAGCCCCUGUAUGCAGCUAGUCAACAGUUGUCCUCUUGGAAUCAGGUGCCUAGUCAGUCAGGAAAUGCAACCCAGCAGGCGUACAACCUUGCAUGGCCAGUGCUUGGGAGUCUGUCAUCUCCAAUGCAGCCGGUCUCUGAAAGUCCUAUCCUUGAGCUCACUGAACAAAUGGAAUCCAUGUAGCCAUAAAGGCUGUUUAAUUGUGAUAUAUAAUGUAAUUAUAAUUAAAAGCGCCUAAUAAAUAGUCAAGGGCUGAUCAAUAAGUAAUUUAUAUAACGAAAUAGUAUGCAAAACAUAUUAUUAUCUGAAUUGUAGCUUUUGAAUGUUGUAGAACAUUACUUUGUAUCUUUUAAUCAUAAUUGAAGGCAGCUCAAAUAAAAUAACAAAUAGAUUAUUCCAUUUGGUGUAUUCUUAAGUUUAAUACACAUCCCCGUUCAGUGUUUGUGUAGCUCAAAGUAUAUAGCUAGAAGAGCGUUCAUACACUGAAACUUUCUUUAUAGGUAUUAAAGUUUUUUUUAUGGACAGAAAAGAGACAAACUAAUAUAUAUAUAUAUGAGAAAAUAAUUUAUUAGCCCUUGACUGGUGUUUUUGAAUGAUUUUAAUUUGUUUAUACUGAGUGUUACUUCUUCUUCGUCAUGUAUAUUCUUAAUACACAAUUGCUUCAAAGUUGUUGCAUUUUCUACAAUGUAUGAUUAUUAUAUCAAUAAGUCAACUGUUGUAUUCAUAUGUUAUAGUAUGAGCAGUUUAGAUAUAAAAAGUGUAGUGCAUCUUAAAACUGACAUUACAUUUAUAAAGAAAUUUCCUAAUUUGCCACAAAUAUUGUAUUAAUAAUCCAAGUGUACUGUGGGAAUUAUCCACAAUUUUUUUAAAGGAAAAUUUAUUUUGUUUGUUUGUUAGUCCUCUCUGAAUUACCUCAUAUGUAACAUAUAUUUACAGUAUUACACUUUUUUUACAUAUUAAUGUAUAACAUCUUUUGAUUAAACUGCAAUUCAGUUUAAAUGUUUGUAGAACACAUUGUGAUUCAAAUUAUUUUAUGUGGUUUUCAAUCCAGAUAUUAGCAGCCUAAUUCGAUGCACAUGGAACCAGAACCCUAUUGGGUUAUUGAAGGUUAUAAACUAUUGAAGGUUGUGUUAUACAAUUGUAAAAUAUAACCUUUAGGUAAGGGUAAAACAAGGUGAGAAUGGUUUUUCUGUAAGAUAUCAUCAUAAAUUAUAAGAUACCAUUUAAAACUUGUAACUGAAGGACUGAGCUUUUAUUUUAUAUGACUAAAUUAAUUCUAAGACAAAAUGAAGGUGGAUAUCAAUGACAUUGAUAAUAUUUAUUUUAAUUUAAUUUUGGGAGUGUCAAUAGAUCCUAAAAGAAAAUAGACAUAUCUAAGGCCCUUCACCAUGUAAAUUUAAAAAACUAGACACUGGAAACUUAAGUUAUUUAAGACAGUGUUAAUGAUAUAAACAAUUCUUAUUAAACUCUAGUUGGGUAGUGUAAAACAUGGAACAAUCAAUGUUCUUAAAAAAACAUGACAUAUAUGUAAUAUGAACUUAUUCCACAAACCACAAACUUAAAAUACCACAAACUAAUGGUAUUUUGAAAUUGUGGUAUAAUUCUAAAGCCUGUGAUCUUUAUAUCAAGGAUUUCUUCUACUAAAGCACUUCCAGAACAGUAUUCAAGGAAGAAGAUGAACUAUAACAUUUAUGAAAGUAAACAGGAUCAGGAUUUCAGGCAGUGGCGGAUCCAGGGGAGGGGCCAGGGCCCUCUCUGAGAUUAAAAAGAAGAUGUUUUUAUGGGGAAAAACAAUACUUAAUCACUCUUGUAUUAUAACCAAAAAAAUAAAAUUAACUUAACAUAAGAACUUGCUUUGAGUAUGAGUAAAUUUCUAUCCAAACAUUUUAUGUUGCAUUGAAAUGCAAAAUCCCCUGUUGCAUUAAAGAUAAGGAUAUACAGUAGUCCCUCUAAAGUCCGGCCCUCCGCCAGUCCGGUCCCACCAGUAAUUUGGCCAGUAGACAAAGGUAGAGUGUCAUCACAGACGUCAAUUUGUGAUCCCAGCUCAUAACGACACUGUAUUUAACAGAUUUUUUUUCCAUUUUAGAAUAGUGUACAUAUAAUACAGGAAGUUUAUGAGAUAUUUUGUUGAUAGUUUAUAUUUUUUUGCUUAUUGUGUUGUUCAUAACUUAUGGCAGUUAAUAUUUGUAGUGUGUUAAGAUGAUAAAUGUUGUACUGUACAGUUAAUGAUAGUGAUACAGUGAGGUUGUACAGUACCGAUUUUAUUCGUGGUUUGAAAUAUUAUCUAAUAUUGGAAUCUGCAUUUUAUUACUUUUUUAUUACUAUUUUUUUAUUAAUCAGCAGUUGAGCCUUAUAAACAAAAGUUUCAGAUUAAUGAGGGACUACUGUACUAAAACCAAGAUGGCCACCUCCGAAAACUAUUACUGGAUUCAUCCUUGAUUUCAGGAAAUAUCCACCCAAGUCGGACAUGACCCUGCCCAUGUCAUCGGGCAAUAUUAUUAAUAUUAAUCAAAAGUAAAGAUGGGAAUCAAAAGUAAACUUUGUAUUUUUUCACGUUUUUAACCAACAUUGUGCAUUAUAAACACUAAACAACCUACCAUUUCAAUUAAAUUAAUUAGAUUUUCAUAACAUAGGCAGGGUUUACUGACCGACUCAUUGAAGGCAAUACAAUAACAUUUAUACACUUAAUUGAUGCAUUGUAUUUUAUUUUAUUCUUAUUAAUAGGAGUAUCAAUACACCAAUCAACUUCGUUUUCGAUAUCAAUUUUAUUUUCUCCAAAACAACAGAAUAACUCGUUUUUUUUUGUGUACAGAUCAUAAUAUUCAUAUCAAAUAGGACAAAAUUAUCAGUAAACUUCCAAUUGUUUCUAUACAAUUGUACUAGUUACAUAAUACUACGUGAAUAAUAUAAUUACACUCAUAAAAAAGCUCAUAUUACAGAAGUAACUUUACAUUAUGUAUCAAAGUUUGGUUAGGGCCAGUAAAGGAAACUACGAAAUAUUUGGAGCAGAAUGGAGUAGCUCAGAUCAGGAACAGCAAUUUGAGUGUUUGGAGAAGGGCAAACAAACAUAUCUAAUGUUAUUAUACAUCAGCAUUAAUCCUGAAAUUUCAUUUUGAUGAAGUCAGUUUCAAGAAGUAUCUCUGUAAAUAACUUUGUGUUUUAAUUUAAUUUGAGGGUAAACAACUGUUUAAAGCAAAUGAAAUAUCAAUAAUAAAGAACUGACAUACUAUUUUGAUUAAUUUAACUGAGUUAUUUGUUAUACUGAAAGCAUAUUUCAUAUUUUAAUCAACUGUAAAGUUUUUACUAUGAUUUAGUUUUAGUAUUAAUUUAUGCCUCAUUAAUUAUUAUUAAUGUGUUUUGUACUAGUGCAAGUUCUUUUAAACUAACUAUAGAAAUUCCUAAUAGUUAACUUUGUUACCUGUACAUGUUUUUUUUUUAUAUUUGUAUGUUUAAGUUUGUUCUAAGUAACUAUUUGUGAUUCUGUAAAGUUUAUCUCUUGAUUUUCUUAAAAUCUAAAUAAAAAGAAUUAUAGAAAACUAAGAAACAAUAAUAUGUUCUGUCAAUUCAAUUGUAAAUAUUGUAUCUCUGCUCUGCAAUCUGUUACAUACAGGUAUAACUUGUUAUAUAGUAGCUUUAAGUGAAAACUAUUUUCUGGAAAAUGUUGUACCACACAGUCACUUAGUUUUGUACAUAAGCAAGGGUUAAAGUAUGUUCCUAGUUAAGCUGUAGAAAGCGAUAUUAUCUUUAGGAACUUACAAGAUCUCAGUUCUUAAUUUUCUCUUUGAAUAUCAGUUUUAGUUGAAUGGUCACUCUCUCAGCGAUUUAUUGUAGGAAUGACCUUAUUAAAUAUAGAGCGUAGCAAUAAUAACUUGUAAAGUGUGUUUUGUUAAUAAACUACAAGUGAAAGUAUUUUCACACUCUUAAGGGGUUCACGCAUUUUUAUUGUUGAUUUUCUUGACAAUGUGACGUAUGCAAUCAAGCUCUGCGGGCCGGAGCUGCAUUGUUUUUUACGAUUUACAACUGCAUUUUUAGCUUGAGUGUAUUUAUGGAUACAACUAUUUUGUGAAUCAGUGUUUUAUAGGUUAGUUUGUUGUUUGUAGAUCUAGGCAAUGAGUUGUUUCAACAUAAGCGUUGUCGUUGAACAUGUUAAAGUAUUGCAAUAGCAAGCUCAACAUUGUGAUCACAUUAUAGCCCCUUUGGUGCUUCAUUCAUUUGUUUAACAGGAGCUGAUCGCCAGACAACUCAGGUACUUACUCCAGAAAUGCCGAAGAUUGCAUCGAAUGUUGUUGUGAUUUUAAGAACAUUCUUUUUCUCUAUAUCUAUUUUAUUGCGUGUUUAUGUCAGGUAUCUGUUUUGUCUGUCCGACAGCAGCCUCGUAUUGUAGAAAAUGUGUAGUUCAAAAUAUGAAUGUGACUAAUAUAAUCUUAGUACAAGUGCCACCAACUUUUCGUGGGUAACUUUGAAUUGGAUGAAACUUGAAGUGUACAAAUUUUAAUCAAUUAUACAAUGUGCAUAAAUAGAAGCUGAUUUUCAAAAAUUGUGAAACAUACUUUUACGUUUUGUGUUAUGUACCUGUCAAAUGUUUUGUCUUAUUUUCAUUAAUACCAUUCUUUGGUUACGUUUUGCUUGCAUCUGAAAAUGUAUUAUUUUUUGUAGUAAUUUUAGUUUAGGCUUAUUUACCAACGUGUUUAUGCCCUUUCUUUAAAAUAACUUAAAAUAAAUUGCAUAGUUUUGGGAAAUCAGAUUCAUAAAAUGUGCAUAAUUAUUCAUAACCGUAGAUAAAAGCACAAAUUACUUUUUUAAUUUCUGAAUAUUCAGUGCCAAGAAUGAUCACAUUUAUGUCUAUGCAAAUACACAGUAUUAAGUUCAACGCCAAUUUGAUCUGGUUAACAUUCAGAUUUUUACCCACUUUUGUUAGAUUCUGAUCUAACUCAGUAACAAGUGAUGCAGAUUCCAGUUUGAGGCUGUAGCUAACUGAAGGUUUAGGCAAUAAGUUUUUUUUUUUUUUUCAAGUGUUCCAUGCCCAUAUCUUAGGUUUAUUUUGGACACUUGAGUUUUCGAGAUUUCUGUCAGUCUUGUAUCACUGGCCAGUGGGGAAUCUGCAAACUGUUAGUUGAGGUAAAAGGAAGUCUCACAUAUAAUAAAUUAAAAAAUAUUGUUACUAUUAGUUUCCUCAUAUUAAGAAUGUUUAUGUUAUUUUGUUAUGCUGAUCUGCCCAGCAUGUCCUCAUUUUAAAACCUCAUUCAGAAUCAUAUAAAUAUUAGCCUAUUGUAUUGUUUUGGCAGAUAACUUUUAAUAUGCAAAAUCUUAAAAAAUUGGCAAUAUUUGUAAAAAAUGAAGCUAAAAUUUGAUAAUUUUACGAUUCAAUUAUAUUAACGCAUUUGUUUCAAAUUAAAAUUAAAAAAAUAUUUUAUUUUAUUUUUCAGCUUUCAGUGUCAUGUAUUCUUAGUUUAUUAGAUGCUAGUGCAUCACUCCAAAAUGUUUUUGGAGUUGUAUUAAAAAGUAAAAUGUGAAUCAUUUUAAUGCUUCAUAUAAUAUCAAUUUACAGGGUAUUAUUCAUAUGGUCUUAAAUUUAUCUGUGGGUUUCAUGAUGUACACAUUAUCUUAAUAAGUUGCAUCCAAUUAUGAAUACCAAACAUUGACUUAAAACCAUGGCACUUAGACUAUCUAAUAUUUGCUUAGUGUAGCUCAAGUAUAGAAUAAAAUUAGUAUCAUACCAGUACCUGUAAUUAGGCUUUACUACGAUCAACUGAAUAUAAAUAUCAACAUACUCUGCUAAUGGUUGUAUCAUGUGUGUACAAAAUUGUAAAUAUUAUUUUCAACAUGAAGUGGUUUCUAACUAAUAAAAACUAAUAACAAUGUAACUAAAUUGUGUAAUGUUAAAAGUUGUUUGCAAGUUGUUAAUUGACAUUUUUACAAUGUUGAGAUUUUUCUUAAAGCGGAUAGAGCUGAAUUAUUUUCAUGAGCACAUUAAUCAUUAAUAAUUUGACACAUAUGAUUAUAGGACAAAAAUCUGAAUUACCAAAUGGCGUAAAGAUUUCUACCUCUUGCUUGUAAAGCAAAAUAAAAUCAGACUUUAAAUUUUAAUUUUGAAAAAAUAAAAUGUAAAAUAUUCUUUAGAGUUUUUUGUAUCCUUGUCAACCACAUUUUCCCAGCUUAUUUAACCAAAGAAAAUAAUGAUACAUGAGGUUAUCUUUUACAAUUAUUUUCCAAAGAUUUACUGUCAAUACGGUUGACCUGUUAUUUUAGUUAUCCUCAGAGUAUUAAUACUUUUACUAAACUGCAUAUCAUCCUAAAAAUUUUUAAAUGUUCUACUAGAAUGAAUAUGUUACUUCCUAUCAGAACUUUUAAUACCCCAUUUUAUAGUUGUUUCUGUCCUUGUUAAACAUUUUUUUUGUCCUUGUUUGCUAUUAAUUUGGUUGAAAAGAAUAUUUUACAUUGCAUUAAUCAACAUUAUAAUGUGUAAGCUAAAGAUCUUGAUUUGCUACUGUCCCCACCUUUCGAUUGCCCUCACCCAACUCAUACAGAGGUGUUGAACUUUGGUCAUCAGUUUUUCUUUACGUUUUUGACUCAACAAUUGUAAAAUAUAAUAGUUCAGAAAAUCUCACAUGUAUUGAAAUAAAUCAAACUAUUCCAAAGUACCUGUUUGAUUCAGUUUUCAAUAAACACUAGCUUUAUAAAUUUACUAACCAUCUCCGCUAAGUUAUUUUCUCCAUCAUGUGAAGACAUUAAGCCAGACUAUUGUUUUUAUUCCUUGAUCGUCUUUCAUGAUAUAUUGAAUUUUUACAAAAAGAGAAUGUUGAGUUUUCUGAUUAAAAAUGCUUCUUGAAUCCUAUCGUAUUUAUAUAGGAUUAUAAAUCUAUCAACAACUUGGGUGACCAGAUAUUUACCAGACAUUUUUUCAAGGCUCCAUAGGUGAAAUAAGUGGCAUGACGUCUUCAGCUGUUGGGUGAGAAUGUCAAGAGAAGGGGAGGGAACUGGUCAGCUCACAAGACCAGACAAGUUAUUAGUAAUGUCAUGCCUGAGCAAGACAUAUCUGUUGUUUUGCGUAAGUAGUAAUAAAAAUUCUAUAUUUUUUUAAUAUUAGUUUUUAAUGUCUUUAUCACAAAUAUUUAUUGCCGAAAUCCAACUGCAUUCUUAAAGCAAACUGAUGACAAUAUAGUCAACUUUAAAAAAUAAUAUAAUCAUGUUUAUCUCUUGGAGCACCACAUGCAUGAAAGCACUAAUGAGAAUGCUCUGUUUCUGUGUGCUUAUCAAUCAAAUUUCAAUAAUGUGUUCUUUGAUUAAUGCACUACUUCAUCUCAGAGCAUUUUAUGGGCCGUUAAAAACUCGAUUCUAGACAACUGAUAAUAGGAACUAUCAAAUUUUCAUUAUGAUCUGCUGACUAUCAUUCUGAUCUGUUGACUACAUCAUGAUCAUUAACAUGCACUAUAAAUGAUUAUUAUUUUAAAAUGUACUAUUACCACAUGUAUGAGAAGUUUUUGUUUCAUUCACUUAAAAAACUAGGAUUUGUGCUGAUGACUUGAAAUCAUGAGUCUGAAGGAAUUAAUGUAUGAUAUUUUAAUAUGCAAAAGAUUUAAAUUGUAUCAGAUAGGUCUGAAAAAUGUUAAAUUGUUUAACAAAGCUUUAACAUUGUUAGUAUAAGUUUUAAAACUGGUAUAUACAGGGUGUUUACCAACUCUCUUUUAGUGUUACAAUUAUCUUUUGGAAAUUUUUUCUUCGUGUUAAGACAAACAAAACAUAGGCUAUCCUAUAUAUUUGAUAUUUGCAUGUGAUUUUUUAGAUUUUAUUUCUUAUGAAAAAAACCAGUAAAGAUAAAAAAAUCAAGUUAAAAAAAUUAUUGUUUUUGCAGUCUUAAAUAAAGAGAUAAAAAAUAAUACUUUAAUUAAUUAAAUUAUCAUGUUAAGUUUCAAGAUGGCGGAAGGUUUAAAAGUUGUUAAAUGUUUUAACUAACAUUUUAACACCUUUACACCAAAAAUGUAUAAAUAGUGUGGAUGUAAGCUUUGAACUGUUAUAAUCCACUACAAAAUUUUCAUUGUUUAUGUUUUUGGGAUCAUUAACCUAUGAACAGGCAUUAACUGCUACCCUCAUGUCGUUAUAACAGGUAAAAGGAUAUAUCUACAUUAUUUAUUCACAUAUAUUUUUAACCUGGGUAUCAAAAUGUUUCUAUUCAAAUGUAGAAACUUUUAUUAAUCUAUACAAACUUGCAUAAUCUUAUUAGUUUUUGUGUUAUUAAGCUUUAAAGAUUGCCACUGCCACCUUCAAACAUAAUAUGACAACGUAAUAUUAAUUUUUGUCUUAAAAUGAGAUGGGGAGAAAAAUAGUUGUGCCAAAUUUUAAUCCCUUUAUAUUUCCUAGUUUUUAAAAAUAAAGAUUAGAACCUAAAAAUAGAUACAAACAGAUAGUAAACCAAACAUUUUUUUAUUGAUGUUAUACGAGUAUACUGCAUUUUUGUUUGGCUUGACCUAAAUAACAAAAUUAACCCAAAAAUCUCCCAAGAAUUUGUAAAUACCCUGUAUAAAAUGUAAUAUUAAUUUGGAAUUUUUAACUCAAGAGAUCGAAUUGACAGCAACAAUAUUACAAAAAAUGCCAACAAGUUUAUAAAAUAAUAGUAAUCAGUUGUCUGUGGUCUGAAUGAACUUUGGAGUUAGUUGUCUAAUUUGUUAUCUAAAACUUCUUCAUUGAAGAAAUGCCAUAGCUCAAUAGGCAUUUUACAAUGAGUUUUAAAUACAUAUGAUGUAAAACAUUUUCGUAACUUUUAGAACUCAUUAAUUAAAUUAACAUUUAGUUAUUAAUUUGGUAAUAGUUAUUGUUUUUUAAUCAUGGUAAAUACCUUUGUGUUAAAAUAAAUAGUUAUUGCAAUUCAAGUGUAAAGUUUAGUUACCAAUAAUAAUUUACAUAAGAAUUAUAGUCUCAAAACCUUUGUUCAAAGACAGAACUCAACAUUUAUAAUUUAAAAUAUGAUUAUUGGUGUGUUCUUGUACAAUGUUAGUUUGUUUACAGCUUUUUAUUAAAGUUCUGUCCAUUCAUAUUUUGAGUCCAUAAUCAAAGAACAUUGACCGAAUAAACACAGUGUCUCUGGUAAGCAGAAAAGCAAAACAAUAUAGGUAUAAAUUGCUUUCACAAACUUAACAUGGUAUUCAUUAAAACCUUGUUGCUUCUCUGUUACCAGCUAGCCUCCAUUUUUGUGAAUUGUGUUAUGUUGAAAGCAAUUUUUGUAAAAUGUGUUACAUUAACAUCUCAUCUGUGCAGUAGUGAAUAGCUACAUGUGAUAGCAGUCCAAAUUACAGUGUUUUGUUAAAAAUCAACAUUUAUAGACUAAUCCAGUACAGAUUGUAUUUUACUAGUAAAUAGACGCAUUUCACUUA